AUGAGGGUGGUAAUCGAAGGAAUUGAUGAAGUAAAUGAGACAAUGCAUGAUGGAGACCAAAACAGUCAAAUUGUUCCAUAUAGUCCAAGUGCAACUUUAAUGAAUCAGUAUCCUUCGGCCAGCUAUCAACCAUUAGCAGUUCUGUUUGAGAGAGUUAUAUUGCAGAAAAGACCUGAGGAGGAACUUAUCCAUGAUCUAGCUGUGUGUACUUUUCACUUGCAACUUUUUACUGAACUACUCCAUGUAAUGUGGUCCUUAGACUUUUCCAGAAUCAUGUCGCAGAAGUGUUCAACAUCUUGA